AUGAUGAGAAAUGCAAUAAGAACAGCUGUAUCAUCUGUGGCAUAUUUACGUAAUCUAUUUGAUGAAGAAGCCUUUGAGGAUAAGAAUGUCUCAGGUUUGCAGCUAAAAGUUUUAAGGCCAUUUAACAACGAGUCUAAACUAAUUUUGAACUGGCUUGAAGAUGGAGUAUUUGAUGCCCUAGAAAAGGAAUACCUAAAGCUUUUAGUAUUUGGAAUACAUGGGUCAUGUGAUGAGCUAAUUGAAAGUUAUCAUUUUUAUUUCAGCUAUAAUGCUAACGGUAUGACUGAUAUAAACUGUGAAAGAGUGACAAAUGAAAAUAAAGUGAUUGGUAGCUCAAGAAUUGGAAAUGAAUAUAGUGGAUAUAGCAAAGAGUAUGCUCGACAACAGACUAUUCAGUUGCUACGAACAUUGAUAUUGCUAACUCAAUCAUUGUCUCCAUUACCUGAAAUUCGAUAUAUGUCGAUGAAGCUUUGGUAUUAUGAAGAUAAAGUACCUAGUGAUUAUGAACCUAGUCACUUUCGUCCUGCAAGAACUUCUGAUAUUUUAUCUUAUGGUGAUAUUCCAAUGGACACUACUAUUGGGAAUGUUGAAACGAAAUUUCAUUCUUUAUCAGUGAAAGUGAGAAGUAUAGUAGAUGAAUAUGACGAGACCUUCAAAAAACAUAUCUCAAAGGGAGUUGAUACUGGUGAAGAACUAAUUAAUGAUACUCCGCCAAGUAUGGUUAGGGGGAUGGUGAAUAAACAAACAAUUCAAAGAUAUCAACAUGAAGAGGGGCAGACUGUUAAGUCAUCUGAUUUAUUACAUAGGGAAUUUAAAACUAAUAGUCUUGUUCAACGUAUUACAUCUCCUCAAGAUGAUCGAACAAUAAGAACUCUUAACAGCAAUGUUGAUAUAUAUGACAGAGCUCUAGAAGUUGUCAAAUUCUUAAAAUUUGUUAACCGAGAUAAUCUUGCCAUGGCUCUAGAUAUUGAACUAGAAAUUGCAUCUCAAGUUAUUGAAAUGCUACUAGAAACUGGAAUUUUAGCAAAGGUAGCAGUUAGGGGGAAGGGUUACCCAGUUUUAUCUUCAAAUUCAAAAAUUAAAAAGGGAAAGACAAGAUCCAAAUUGAAGAAAACAGCUAAAGGAAAUUCCAUAGCAUCAAGAACACCAUCUAGAAAAGUAAAACUUUAA